AUGAGUGAAAGACUCCCUAAACAGAGUGGUGGAAAGAAACCGCUAAACAAAAAUCAGUUAUUAAAGAGAAAUCGUAUAAGAAAUGCUAGGUCUAUUAGAGCAGAAGCAGUGGCGGCUUCUUCCUCAAAACACGCAUCACCAAGUGAUUUGAGUGAGUCGGGCGGUAAGCUAAAGGUGGACCAAUUCAUGAACUCUCGACAAUUCGAGGUUAACCAGCUGCAGUUGGCCAUGCACAAUUCCAAAGGUGCAAGCUCAACGAGAAUAUUCCAAGCACUGCCCCGUAAACUGCGUCGUAGGACAGCCUCUCAUAAUGUCCGUAGGAUCCCGAAAAGAAUGCGUAAUAGGGCUUUAAGAGAAAUGCGUAAGAGUGAUCAGCAGCAAACUUUGAAGAACUCUUCGGCCUCCUCUAGGAAAACUCAUGGCUUGAACGCGAAACAAUUGUAUCGAGCUAAGAUGUCCAUAAAACUACUACGAUUGGCUAGUAAAUCUACUUCUAUGAAGCUUGGCAUGCCAUUAGAUAUCACUUCAUCAAAGUGCCAUGUGAGACAAAAGAUUAAAUCACUAAAACGUAUGAUCAAAGAAUCAUCAAAUCCGAAUUCGAAUAUAAUAAGACUCAAUAAUCGUAUGGGAAGUUAUGAUACUACCGGCCUUAAUGAAUUGGCAUCCACUCCAAAGGGUAGAAUCAAAUACACGAAGAGACAAAAGCAUUUUGCUUGGCUACCCACUCACAUUUGGAAUGCUAAAAGGUCUCAUAUGAUAAAAAGAUGGGGGUACCAAGUGCCAUGGGCCCCUACCCAAAAAUGUUUCAAAUUGACUCACAGAUUGGGUGGUGACACUUGCGCCUCUGAUGGUGCUUUAUGUCUUGAUUCAAGUCAUAUCGGUACAAUUGUUGUUAGAGAUAGCAAUAGCGACACUAAAGGUGAGUUUUUGAAGUCAAUCAUUGGUAAACUAACUAGUGGAAGAGCAAGCUUAAACAAAUACCGCCGAUCUCAAACCUUGUUUCAAGGGCUGAUUUACAGUUUCAGUGAAAACUCCCCCAGGCCACUGGGACCAUGUGAUAUAUUCUGGAUUCAAGACGAUACUGUGGUUUUAAGAUUACAUCCUUCAAUUUUCACGCAGGUCUUUGAAAUCUUUAUACAAUACAUUGGUAAGUUAACUAUUCAAGAUUGUCGAUACUCACUGGCUAGUAUAACUUUAAAGGGAGCCAAAGCUUUAGAAUCUUUAGCUUCCUGCUUAAGAAGCACCAAGCACUGCACAUCCUUCGAGCAAUUUAAAGAUACAUCAAAGAUAACUGACCAUGCAAUUUUGCCACAGAGAUGUACAUUUGCAUUUGAAGCCAUUGAUCCACGCCAUUUGGCUGCCCCAAAAAAAUUAAAUGAUUCCCAGAGGAAGACAUAUAGCUCUGAUGACAUUUUAUCAUUACAGGUAAACUACCCUCAAAGUGAAAUAAAUUCUGUUUUAAAGCAAUUAUGUGACCCAGACUCACGUACACGAUCAUACAACAAUCAAAACACUCUAAAAGAAAUUUCUGCAAGACGUUCCGAACUGUUGGCCACUACACCAAACCACAUUAACAAAACAACGAUCCCGUUUAAGGAGAAUAGUGAUCCCUCCAUCCCGCUAGUUAUAAUGAGAAGGCCCAAGACAAGCGAUUGGAUCGUCAUGCUGCCAUGGUUUUGGCUACUACCACUAUGGCACCAACUGAACAGGAUACCGAGAGUUUAUCACAUUGGUCUAAGGCAGUUCCAACAAAUUCAGUACGAAAACGAACAACUCUAUUUUCCAGAUGAUUAUCCAUUCACACAGUUAGGUUAUGUAGAAAAUUCUUUUUAUAAAAGAGAAGCCUCAAAAACAAAGUGGGAUAGGAAGCCAAAGGGGAAAAAAAUCAACUUUGAAAGGGUUAAGGAUAUACAUCACACUCAACUCCCUGCAUACAAGGGUGAGAUCGGYGAUUUUUUCAGCUCAGAUUGGCGAUUUUUACAGAUCUUGAAAAACGGACUAGACUAUUUACAGUGUGAUGAUAAGGACUUGAAGUUGAUGGAUAGUAAGAAGACUGGUCAAUUUGGCGAUCAAGGAAUAAGAAUUAUUAACUGUCUGAAUGAUGUUUUAGAAUUUCACAAGGACUAUGAAACUAAGGUAAAAGCUGAACCAUUGCCAGUCGAGGAGAACGUACCCAUAACGUUAUGUAAACUUUCAAAAUGUCAAACACCUCCUAAAACAAUUAACUCCAACACUUCUUCAUUAGAUCUAUCAAUCCAGCCGCGUUGUACGAUUGCCAUAUCUUGCAGAUUCUUGGAACGAGGCCAUCCCAAGGACAACGCUAGAAUAUAUCGAAUUUCAGAAGAGCACUUAGAUCAUUGGAUGCAGGUGGCUGAGGGAGUCUAUCGUUCCAAUGGAAGAAAAGAUCACGAUCUAGAGAUUCCGCUACCAGAAGUACAUGACUUGAUUGGAUUUAUCACCAGCGGCACGUACCAUUUGAACUCUGGAAACGGUAUGGGGAUUGGAUUCAUAGACCACCAUUCUGCCAUCCAACAGUCUGCUCGAUAUGUUCUCAUUAGAAACGUGGGGACCAAUAUCUAUAGAUUAGCAAAAUGGUCGGAAAUAUCUGUAUGA